CUAGGCCUGCCAGUGAAAGGAAAUGCAGUCAAUGCAGUGUGUUUGUGUUUCAGAGCAGUAAAUAAAGAUAUUUACAGUGGAUACGAACAGGCUGGCAUUAAAAGCGAAAAGAUAGAGAAAUAGAAUACAUUUGUUUUUUGAAAAGGUCUGUUAGAAGUGCAAUUUGGAUGCCCAUAUUAAAACUGAUCAAUAUUUCAUCAUGAAUAGAAAUAAGCGUGAAAAAGAAUACUACAGUUUAGAUGUUGGAGAUUCAACAUUUACUGUUUUGAAACGGUAUCAAAAUUUAAGACCUAUUGGCUCAGGGGCCCAGGGAAUUGUCUGCUCAGCAUAUGACCACAACCUUGAAAGAAAUGUUGCCAUUAAGAAACUUAGUCGUCCUUUUCAAAAUCAAACCCAUGCCAAAAGAGCUUACAGAGAACUGGUGCUAAUGAAGUGCGUCAAUCACAAAAAUAUUAUUGGCCUACUUAAUGUAUUUACACCCCAAAAAUCUCUUGAGGAAUUCCAGGAUGUUUACAUUGUUAUGGAGCUGAUGGAUGCCAAUCUCUGUCAAGUGAUUCAGAUGGAGUUAGACCAUGAGCGAUUGUCCUACCUACUGUAUCAGACGCUAUGUGGAAUCAAACAUCUUCAUUCGGCUGGAAUCAUACACAGGGAUUUAAAACCCAGUAAUAUUGUAGUGAAGUCAGACUGCACACUGAAGAUCCUUGACUUUGGACUAGCCAGGACAGCAGCCACUGGCUUAUUGAUGACACCUUAUGUGGUCACACGCUAUUACAGGGCACCUGAGGUCAUUCUUGGAAUGGGAUAUCAAGCAAAUGUGGAUAUAUGGUCUGUGGGGUGCAUUAUGGCAGAAAUGGUUCGCCACAAAAUCCUAUUUCCAGGAAGGGACUAUAUUGAUCAGUGGAACAAAGUCAUUGAACAGUUAGGGACACCAUCCCAAGAGUUUUUGAUGAAACUCAACCAAUCCGUUAGAACCUAUGUGGAAAACCGACCCAGGUAUGCUGGAUACACCUUUGAAAAGCUUUUCCCAGAUAUCCUUUUUCCAGCUGACUCGGAGCACAACAAGCUCAAAGCCAGCCAAGCAAGAGAUUUGUUAUCUAAAAUGCUUGUAAUAGAUGCAUCCAAACGUAUCUCUGUGGAUGAGGCUCUUCAGCAUCCAUAUAUUAAUGUCUGGUAUGAUCCUGCUGAAGUGGAAGCUCCCCCACCACUGAUCACUGAUAAACAGUUAGAUGAAAGAGAACACACAGUCGAGGAGUGGAAAGAGUUGAUAUACAAGGAAGUCCAUGAAUGUGAAGAGAGGACGAAAAAUGGGGUAAUCAGAGGACAGCCUGCAUCUUUAGGUGCAGCAGUGAUCAAUGGCUCCCAGCAUCCGUCGUCGUCUUCAUCUGUCAAUGAUGUAUCCUCCAUGUCAACAGACCCCACAUUGGCUUCAGACACUGACAGCAGUUUAGAAACAUCAGCUGGACCACUUGGCUGCUGUAGAUGACUAUCAUCUUUUUUUGGCCCUUCUGUUUGUGCUAGAUGGUAUAGGGUAUAGGCCAGUUUUUAAAAAUGCUCCAGCUUUAUUUUUUAUUUUUUUUCCCUAAUUAGGCUGUAAAUUAUUGGCAUAUUUAAACACUAAGGUAUCUAUGUGCGAUCAGUGUAAAUUAAAGUCGGUUCAGUUUUUUGAAUUUUUUUUUUUCAGCUAGUGUUAAAUCCUAAUGUUACAACUUUAUUUUGCCAUAUUGCUGUAGACUGCUUAAAUUAAUUUGUAAAGAUUUAUGAAUAUUUUUUAAUCCUUUUUAUUUUAAAAUUCAAUUUACCGUGAGCCAUUUUGCCUCGUUUGAUUUUACUUUGAUUUGCUGAUUAUGUCUUCUAUGACGUGCUAUAGAACAGAGGACAUUUUUUUUCAGUUUAGUUCACAAAUAGAUAUUGUAUAAAAUACAUAAUCUUAUUUCUAGAAAAAAACAACAGUAUUUAAUUUCAAUUUGUCUAGGAAACAACUGAAAAUGUUCUGAUACCUAACUACUUUCAUUUCCAAAUGUUUAAAGUUAAGAAUCAGCUUAUAGUUGUGUUUUUUAAAAAAAAUUGUCUUAAUAGGCUCUGGAAAUCUUUCAGGCUAGUGCAUUUCAGAUGCCGCCAGAGAUUGAUCAUUUGGUCUACAAGGCACAAAACGUUGACCUUAACUAAAUAAAUAAAUAAAUACAAACCUGCUUUUAAAGGUGUUUCAUAUACUUUGUGUUAUGAAUAUGCUGAUGUACUAGUAUUAGAUUAUACGUUAUGAUUAAAGUAAUUGAAAGAAAACUAAAAAGCCUUUUAAAAGAAGCGCAAAAAGCAGGCUGAAAUUUGGCUUAGUGCACAUUUGACCACUUGCUGUUCUGCACUGGCUAGCUGAAACUUUAUUUUCUUGAAAUCCCCUUUGCUUUCACAGUGGGGAGUGCUUGGUGAAUGUUGAGCUCAGCUGAGGAGAUUCUAUUAUAAAAUGGUAGCUUUGUAACAGGAUCACGGACAAGGGAUUUUAAAUGUAUGAACAUGUUGGCAAAGAAUGGAUUUUAUUUUGAACUGUCCUUUUUUUAUUAAUGAAAUUAAGCAGUCUUCAAGUAAAUAGAAGUAGGAUACUGAAAUGUUACAGUGCCGAGCAACAAGGCUAAGGUAACAGUAUGACAUGGUUAUCUUCCAUUCUGAUAGUUUGCUUUCAGCAGUGCCUCGUCUUCAUGCCAGCUGUGUAGUUGAAUAUGGGAUCUGGUAUGUUGAAAGUAGUGUUUAGGAAAUGAGAGCUCCUUUUAUGUUUGAAAGACAUCUAUAUUUGUUAACAUUUUAUUAUUUUUGCCCUACUUUUUGAAUUUUAAAAAAAAAAGCAACAAAGACAAGUUAGAGAAUACAAGGCUCGUUAUUGUUAUGUAUGCAAUAAUAGCAUCCUAUUGGAUUAUCCAUCAUUUUUAUAUUUCAAAAGGAAAAGUGCCUGCAAUAAGUGCAGUAGUUCAGAAAAGAAAGGUAGCAAUGCUUUAUGAAUAGAACAGUGUUUUUUUUUUCCAUGAUAUGAUGUUGCAUUCAUUAAUUAGGAUCAUCACUGCAUUGAAGAAAUGGAAUAUAUUGUUUUAUCUUUAGAGUAUGUGUUACAUUAGAAUCUAAGUUCAAAUUGAGUGUUUGAGAAUGUGAGGAAUAUUAAGAAUAAAGGCGAAGCCGGUAUGAGGUGAGGUAUUUGUGGUCAGAAUUCAUGACUGUUUUGUCCACAUGUAAGACGUUUACCUUCUAAAACUAACAUGAUCGAUUUAAAAAAAAAAAAAAAAAAAAAAAAUUAUAUGUUUGUUUUUUUUUUAUUUUUUAUUUUUUUAAGUGCUCUUAAUUUUAAGUCUUUUCAGAUCCCUGGGGAGAUUUGCUUUUGCUUCAUAUGUUUCAUCUCUCAAAAUAUGUAAUAUUACAACUAAAGUAGGCUUUGAUGAACUACCUCACACUAAAUUUCUACAAGUUAUUGGAUAAAGAUAGCAGCCCACAAUUAGAUACAGAAAAUGUGAAAUAUAGAUUUUCUUUAUUUAUUUAUUUUUAAGUGUACUAUUGCCAAUGUUAGGAGACUUCUAGUAUUGUAUGUAAUGUAUACUUCACUUAGAAGUAAGAAAACUGUUUAUGUAUAAUUUUUUACAGUUCAUGUGCAAUACAAGUAGUAAUUGGUGGGUCUAGCCAUGUAGAUGUAUGUUUCUGAAGGUAGAAAAAUUGUUUGGUACUGUCAAUCCAUGUUUUCCUUUUUAUAAAUUAAAAUAAUUUUAUGUGACUUAAUAUAGUCAUGAUUCAAUGUAAUCAGUCUUGCCACUUUUAAAAUCUGCACCCAGGUAGCAGUGGGUGGAUAUCGUGCAUGGCCAGAUAGAUUUUGAUCUUUAGAUGGUAAGGUAAAAAAAAAAAUACACUGCUUAAGAAAUAAAUGCAUAGAACAAGCUGGUGUAAUCAUGGGAGCUGGUUUAUAAUGUUUGCUUGUAAGACCAGCAGUGCAGAUUGAUCAAGUCUUUGUUCGGGGGGUAUACUAUGCCACAGACCGUGAAAUGUGCACUAUUGGAAUGUAUGCACUGGAAUCCAAUAAUGCAGAGUUAAAAUGUGUACUGCAAAUAAACCAUUUGAAUUUAAA